AGAGGCACGGGGAACAGCCGGGAGCAGCCGCGGCCCGUGGCCGGCGGGGUGGGCGCAGGGCGGGGGCGCUGCCCCGGGCUCGGCACUGCCCCGGGUUCAGCACUACCCGGGGCUCCGCACUGCCCCGGGUUCGGCUCUGUCCCGGCUCGGCGCUGCUCGUUCCGCCGUGCCGGGGCCGCCGGGCUCCAGGAGGCAGCGCGGGCUCGGUCCCUGCGCCGCCCGCCCGCCCCGGCUCAGGGCUAAUCAUUAACCGGGCCCGGCCGCCGGCCCCGCGCCGCGCAUCGCCCCCGCACUGGGCACGGACCGGCGGCCGGGCACGCACCGACCCCGCACUGGGCACGGACCGGCGGCCGGGCACGCACCGACCCCGCUCUGGGCACGGACCGGCGGCCGGGCACGCACCGACCCCGCCGCCGUCCGCAGCCCCCGGCACCGCCAGGGCACCGCGCCGGGGGCCGGCGGCCGCGCAGCCAUGGAGGGCGAGGGGAACGGGACCCUGGACCCGUCCUGCAGCGCCAGCGAGCCGCCCUACUCGGAGGAGCUUCUCCGGAGCCUUGACCUACCAGGGAGAUUUCUCUUUGCAACCUUGACUCUGAUGACGCUCAUUGCCAUUCUGGUGUUUAUAGAGGAAGCAGUCUACAUCUACAGGAAAAUCCCCUCCUCCAAAAGAUCAAUCAUAAUUUGGAUUAAUGCUGCAGCUCCAGUGAUCUCCACUACUUCAUGCAUUGGCAUGUGGAUUCCUCGCUCAACAAUGUUUACAAACUUCACAGCAGGAAUAUUUUUUGCCAUAAUUAUCCACAAGUUCCUGAUGAUGAUGAUUAAAGAGUGUGGAGGCCAGAAGGUGCUCCUCAGGAGGUUUGAAAAUGGUCUCUUCACCAUCAGCACCGGUCCCUGCUGCUGCUGCUGCCUCUGCCUCCCUCGUGUGCCCAUCACCAGGCAAACCAUCUUUUGGCUGAAGCUGGGCACCUUUCAGCUUGCUGUCUUUCGGCCUGUGCUCGUGUUUUUAUCAAUAGUGCUUUGGACUAAUGGCAAUUACGUCCUUUACAAUUUGUCUCCCAAAGGACCUGCACUGUGGAUCAACUGCUUCAUUGGUGCCCUCACCCUUUGUGCUCUGUGGGCAGUGGGAAUCAUGUUUCGAAAAGUUAGAAUUCUCCUUAAGUGUAAGAACAUUAUCCCAAAGUUUGCUCUUUAUCAGUUUAUUGUCAUUCUGAACCAGCUGCAGACCACUAUUAUCAACAUGCUUGCUACACAAAAAAUCAUUCCCUGUGCUCCACCACUCUCCUCUACAGCAAGAGGAUCAUAUAUAGCCCAGCAGCUGCUCAUCAUGGAAAUGUUUCUGAUAACUGUAAUCUCAAGGGUGGUCUAUAGAAGAAAAUACCAUGACCUGGAGCCUCUGGAGUGUGUGGCUGAAGAACCUGAGGACAAGCAGCAGGCUCCUAAGGUUAUCCUGAAUGGUGCAGUGGUUGAAGAUGCCAGAGGUUUAGAAGCCUCCUGUGCUCCUGUUAUGCAGGAGCUGUAAGAUCAGCUUCAGGAACUUGUAUGUUCUUGCACCAAAAAUAGGCACUGUCCAUGUCAGAACAACUUCUGGCAUAAAUGCCUGUGAGCUGCAGCACUGGAAGGACCUGUAAAGAUAAUCCUGUUGAUUCCCCAGCAAUGCAUGCAUGGUGUGAGUGUUUUCACCACCGUGCAAUUUAAUAAGAUUUUAUACCAUUUUAUACUGUUACUGGGCACUUGAUGGUGCCAAACUGUCUUACCACAAGAUUUUAUUUUAUUUUUAUUUUUUAGCUAUUAGAAUGGCAAUGAUUUAGAGUUAAUUCAGAACAAAUGUUUUUCAUCUUUUUUGACUUUUAAAACACUUAUUUCACCCUGGAUUGCUGUCAUAUGUCCACCACAGCAUUUUUUCGUGCUUUUCCAUUACAAUAGAUCAUCUCUCACUACACCACAAGCUCACCAUAGCUAGUUCUGAUCAGUAAAUACACUCUCAUAUGUUUGUUCUGAAAUCCCCAAACCCGUGUGGAGUCUCCAUCUACAGAAACAAUGAUUUGCCUGGGGCAAGGCUUUUUACAUUCCUUGGCAAUUCACCUCCUAAACUGGUAAAUACUCAGUUACUGUUUGUAAAUAUGUCAGGUGUUCUUCCUGUGGACAGCAGGUUCUGUGUCACCAGCCUGGAAAAGGAAAGUAGGAGUUAGAAUCUGGGAUGUCUUCUGCCACUGCUCUGUCACGUGGUGCUUUGGUUCUCUGCUUGGUGAGUGGGGAUAAUGAUGCUCAGGAUCCUUGUACUGACAGCGACUGAAAGGGCUGUGGGGGCGCUGGUCACCAGCUGACCGUGAGCCAGCGUGUCCCCAGGUGGCCAAGAAGGCCAGUGGCACCUGGCCUGUGUCAGCAGUAGUGUGGGCAGCAGGACCAGGGCAGGACUGUCCCACUGGAGAGCCACACCUCGAAUCUUUUGUUCAGGUUUGGGCUGCUCAUGACAAAAAGGGCAUUGAGGUGCUGGAGUGUGUCCAGAGAAGGGCAAGAGAACAAAGCCAGGCAGAAGGAGUCACAGUAUGCUUUGGGUUGGAAGAGACCUUUAAAGGCCACCUAGUCCAAGCCCCUGCAGUGAGCAGGACAUUUUCACCUAGAUCAGGUUGCUCAGGCCAUCCAAUCUGACCUUGAAUGUUUCCAGGGAUGGAACACCUGCCACCUCUCUGGGCCACCCAUUCCAUUAUUUUAUGUCUCUCACUUAAAAAAUUUCUUCCUUACAUCUAGUCUAAAUCUACCCUCUUGUAGUUUAAAACCCUUGUGCCUUGUCCUGUUGCAGCAGGCCCUGCUGAAAAGGGUGUCCCCAUCUUUCUUGUAGUCCCCUUUAGGUACUGGAAGGCACAACAAGGUGGCCUCUUCCCAGAGCCUUCUCUUCUCCAGGCUGAACAAUCCCAUCUCCCUCAUCCUGUCUUCACAGCUUCUUCAGCAAAGCUGCAUUCAUGAAUCCUGCUGCAGCCCUCUCAUCAUUUCUGUGGCCCUUCUCUGGACCCACUCCAACAUACAGUGGGGCUUUAUUUUUGGCUUACAUUGAAUUAAAACAUUGCAUUCCAUUUGGGAGUUGGUGGGAAACAAAAUAUUAUGAAAACAACUAGUGAACCACCUGAAGUAGAAAUUGGGACUGACUUAAAAUGUUUUCUUCUUUCUGAUUGAGGUCAGAAACAAUAUAUUCUUUAACAACUGAAGGAUUCCAUUACAGUAGAAAUCUUGAAUUAUCUUUGUUUUGAAAUGGAUGACACAAUUUUUAUAUUUAUUCUUUUUUUUUUUUAAGUAGGUAGUCUGGGAAAUUAAUACAGAUUUUUGAACUGCAUUAAUUUGAGAGAAUCUGCACUUUUCCCUUGAAAAAUAAUUUAUACUCUGCAUUAGAGUGAGCAGAUCAGAAUUAACCAGGAUCAGCUAAUUUAUUCUUAACGUGAGAAAUCUUCUUAAUGUAUUUUAACAUUAGCAAUUCUGAAUUUCAUAACAGCAUUGGGGGUGGUUGGCUGCGAGUUCAAUCAGCUUCAAAAUUGGAAAAUAAAAGAUUUUGAGUUGGUAA